CGCUAGUCUGCUCUAGUCUAUUCUCUUCCUUCAAUAGUAAUAAGCGACGCACACUUUACUUUCUACAUCUCUUUCUUUUCCUUUGUUUUUUUUUUUCUCAGCAUUUUCUUUCAUUUUCUUUCUCGCUUUGAAUCAAAGAUCCAACUGAACUGAUCGUAUAUCUGCAAAUGUUUGAAUAAAUAUGCUCUCUCUUUCUCUCUGAUCAAUCAUUUUACCUUCUGCUUUCACAUUCACUUUUCUGUUUUUUUUUUUUUUUUUUUUGCUUUGAUAAAAUCGUCUUACCAAAGCUUCCUUGAUUCCCUUCUUUAAUGCUUGCUUUAUUUUUGUAAUUAUUCUUUGCUUGGAUCGUAGACAAAACGACGUUGACAACUGAUUGACGUGAAUGUAAAUAAGAAAAGCAAGCUUCCGGCGGGAUUGGAUCGGGUUUUUUAUUGUCUCUUGGAUUUUGAAAGGGAGAAAAAUGAAGGUGAUGGCGGUGGAGUGUGCUGUCCUGGUAAUGCUUUUGGGGCUUGUGGUGACUGGGAGAGCGGAGAUUUACAUAGUGACAAUAGAAGGAGAGCCUAUUAUUAGCUAUAAAGGUGGUGAAAAUGGGUUUGAAGCUACGGCUGUGGAGUCAGAUGAGAAGCUUGACACUACAAGUGAAUCGGUAACAUCCUAUGCUAGUCAUCUCGAAAAGAAACACGAUAUGCUUCUUGAUAUGCUGUUUGAUCGUGGGAGUUACAAGAAACUCUACAGUUAUAAACACCUGAUAAAUGGCUUUUCAGUUCACCUUUCCCCUGAACAGGCAGAAACCUUGAGACGUGCUCCUGGUGUAAAAUCUGUGGAGAGAGAUUGGAAGGUGAGGAGACUUACAACACAUACCCCACAAUUUCUGGGGCUCCCAACUGGUGUAUGGCCAACGGGAGGUGGCUUUGACAGGGCAGGAGAGGACAUUGUAAUAGGAUUUGUAGACUCGGGAAUUUAUCCACAUCAUCCAAGCUUUUCAGCCUAUCACACUGACCCAUAUGGGCCUGUUCCAAAGUACAGAGGAAAAUGCGAAAUUGAUCCUGACACCAAGAGUGACUUCUGUAAUGGGAAGGUCAUUGGAGCCCAACAUUUUGCUGAAGCUGCAAAAGCAGCUGGUGCCUUUAAUCCUGCUAUUGAUUUUGCAUCUCCCAUGGAUGGUGAUGGACAUGGAAGUCACAUCGCAGCUAUUGCAGCUGGGAAUAAUGGUAUUCCCGUGAGGGUGUAUGGCCAUGAAUUUGGAAGAGCAAGUGGAAUGGCUCCUCGUGCCAGGAUUGCUGUCUACAAGGCACUAUACAGGCUUUUUGGAGGGUUUGUAGCAGAUGUGGUAGCUGCAAUUGAUCAGGCUGUUCAUGAUGGUGUGGAUAUCCUCAGCCUCUCAGUGGGACCAAAUAGUCCUCCAGCAACUACGAAGACCACAUUUUUGAAUCCUUUUGAUGCUACACUUCUUGCAGCUGUCAAAGCUGGUGUUUUUGUUGCACAGGCUGCUGGAAAUGGAGGUCCUUUCCCUAAAACUUUGGUGUCUUAUAGCCCAUGGAUAGCAUCUGUUGCAGCUGCAAUUGAUGAUCGUAGAUACAAAAACCAUCUGACCAUGGGAAAUGGAAAAAUUUUAGCUGGAACUGGAUUGUCCCCUUCUACUCAUUCAAACCAAACCUACACCAUGGUUGCUGCUAAUGAUGUGCUACUGGAUUCAUCAGUAAUGAAGUAUAGCCCCUCAGACUGCCAAAGGCCAGAAGUGUUGAACAAGAACUUGGUUGAGGGGAACAUUCUUCUUUGUGGCUAUUCCUUCAACUUUGUUGUUGGUACUGCAUCAAUUAAGAAAGUCUCUGAAACAGCCAAGGCUCUUGGUGCAGCUGGUUUUGUUCUUGCAGUGGAAAGUGUUUCUCCUGGAACAAAGUUUGAUCCUGUUCCUGUUGGUAUACCUGGAAUCCUUAUCACUGAUGUCUCCAAGUCAAUGGAUCUUAUCAACUACUAUAAUGUUUCUACACCAAGAGAUUGGACCGGACGAGUGAAGAGCUUCAAAGCUAUUGGUAGCAUUGGGGAUGGUUUGAUGCCAAUUCUCCAUAAAUCUGCACCACAGGUUGCACUAUUUUCUGCUCGAGGGCCUAACAUAAAAGAUUUCAGCUUUCAAGAUGCAGAUCUUCUUAAGCCUGACAUUUUGGCACCUGGUUCUCUAAUUUGGGCUGCUUGGUCACCAAAUGGAACGGAUGAGCCUAAUUAUGUUGGAGAAGAGUUUGCUAUGAUUUCUGGAACCAGUAUGGCUGCACCGCAUAUAGCAGGGAUAGCUGCUCUUUUGAAGCAGAAACACCCUCAUUGGAGUCCUGCUGCUAUAAAAUCAGCCUUGAUGACAACAUCAACAAAGCUAGACAGAGCAGGAAGGCCUCUUCAAGCGCAACAGUAUUCUGAAACAGAGGCCAUGAAGCUUGUUACAGCCACUCCUUUUGAUUAUGGGAGUGGUCAUGUUAAUCCAAGAGCUGCUUUGGAUCCCGGACUCAUCUUUGAUGCGGGUUAUGAGGGUUAUUUGGGAUUCUUGUGCACCACACCUGGUAUUGAUAUUCAUGAGAUAAAAAAGUACACAAACUCGCCCUGCAAUAACACCAUGGGCCACCCAUCAAAUCUCAACACUCCAUCAAUAACAAUCUCUCAUCUGGUGGGAACUCAAACGGUUACUCGUAUUGUUACAAAUGUUGCUGGGGAAGAAACCUAUGUCAUCACGGCUAAAAUGCAGCCAUCCGUUGCCAUCGAAACCAGCCCUUCAGCAAUGACUCUGAAACCUGGUGCAUCGAGGAAGUUCUCUGUUACUCUUACUACUCGAUCAGUUACCAGAAGUUACAGCUUUGGAGAGAUUAUCAUGAAAGGCAGCAGAGGGCACAAGGUAAGUAUACCAGUGGUGGCAAUGGGAUACUGGCGAUAGUUUGGGUUGGUAAGCAGAAGUAAGGUUGGUUUAUGGUUGUAUUAUUCUUUGUAAUUUGUUGUAAUAAUAUGAGGUUAGAUGCAUUUGUCUGAAAUAUAUGUAUUGUGGAAUAGCUGUAAAGUGUUAUAACGUGGGGGAGACUCCUAUUUAGCGUCUUUAGGUUUUGCUAAUUCGAUAAAAUGCUUCAUACUAUUAUUCUGUACUGUGUGUCCCGUAAGAAGUGUGCUUUUGUUGGAUUGACCAGGGAAAAUUCCCUUUGUAUAUCCUUUUCUUUCUUUGCAAAACUUAAAAGUAUGUUUGACAUAAAUGUUAUGUUGGUCACCUACAUGCAUGCAAGUAGAGGUAUCCAUGAGUUGGAUAAG